UUUAUCAAGCGUUAUCCAGCCGGAUAUGACAGGGAAAGUAGAUCAGACACAGUUGUUUAUUUUUAUAGGAUCUACAGUUGUUGUUCUUUUCGUUGGCAUCCUCAUUUUUAGCGUGAUAGCAACGAGAAAAAUGCUUUUGAAAAAGAGAAGAAAAGAAUUACUGCGCCUACCAAGUCUUCCAAAGAUGCAAGAGAGUCCAUAUGAGGCCAAUUUUACCUCACCAACUGAUAAUUACAUUGACCCAGAUUAUGAAAUGAUUGAGGAACAAGACGAGGGUUAUAAACAUCUUGGUGAACAAAGAGGCGGAUCUUACAUUGAUCCCGAUAAUGCAGAUGGUACUUACCUUGAUGUAGUCCCUACCUCAAACGACAAAAGUGACGGCCGUUACAUUAAUGUUAACCCUUAUAUAGAGGUUAUAGACGAUUCUACUGAAAAUAACUCUGUAACGGAAGCUAGUGAUGAAGUCCCGCUACCUGUAGUGAGAUUUCCGAAAACAUGA